AUGAUGGAUAGAUACAAAAUUGUCUGGCAACAUCCAGAUAUCAAAAAACCUGAAAAUAGAGACUGACCUCAACGAUUUUUCUUUGCGCACGAAGUAAAAGUAUUUUCAGACAUUGGUGAAGCAGCUGACUUUUUUGCUACAACAAGCGACAAUUGGAUUUUACUUAUUUCUGGGUCAAACGGUUACGAGCUUGCUAAUCGAGUUUACAACUCACCAAAUCUAUUAAUGUCAAGGUUAAGGUUACUCUGGCUAAAAGUGGGUAAACCUACUAGCCGUCGUCUAUUUGACUCCAAAAGGUGCCCUUUUGGAUAUCUGAGCUGAACUGCCUGUCCACGGGAUUAGCUCCAUAGGGCGCACUACUGUCUGUGAGGUGCCCCGAUGAUCCCAAUAAGGAUAAAUAUGGUAGGCAAAACCUGCCUAGCCAAUGGUAAGGACAGGAAAACCUUUGGGGAGAAAGCAAAACUUCCCCCUUCCGAAGUAAACCCAAUCCUGAAGGCCUAUUUCAAAGAGAAACAGAAGACCUAUUUUCAAGGUCCCACAUGCUCCAUAGGAGUCCACCUCAGGCUCAAAUUUCUUUCAGUGUCAUCAUUUUAUUUGCAUCCAAAUCUAUUAGGUAUAGUUAUUUUUAUCGGGCCUGAUCCUUAUGAUAUGGAAUGAGCACAAAAUUUCCCUCUUAUCAAAGUUAUUAAAGGCUUUGGCUUUAAGCCAGCUUUAGAUGAGAUUAAAAAUAUAUGAAACAGAUAUGUAACUAGCUCAGCUCUGCAAGCUGUCCCUAAUCCAAGUGCAGCUGUUGGCCAAUUAAUCUCUGCAAUUAAUCCUAAUCACUCCUCAGAAUCUCAAGUAAAAGCCAAAAAAAAUUACUACCACUGGCAAGAUGAGCUUGAGAUGGGAUUUUUACAACUCUGCAAGCUUACUAUGAAAACCUCCCAGAUUAAUCGUCAAGCUGUAUUUAAUGAACUUCUCUGCCUUUUACAAUCACAAAAUAAAAGAGCAAAGCUUGAAAAUAAGUAUAGCAGGUACCCUAAUGAUUUAUUAAAGUCAUUUGUGACCGUUUAUUCAUCAAAUUUGAUAUAUAACCAGCUGAAUGACUGCUACGCUUCUAAUAACUAUAAAAGCGUGGUAAAUAUUACAACAGCUUGUGUCCUACAACUAAAAGAUAGAUAUGAAUUAAAGCUGCCUCCAGGCAGAGUGCUUUAUAGAGGGGCAAAUAUCCCUGAAGAAGAUUUAAAGAGUUAUCAGGUUGGGAAAACUGGCUUUUGGAGUGCGUUUACAAGCACUUCUAAAGAGCGAGCAGUUGCAAGAAGUCCAGCUUUCGGAGGAAAUGUGCUGUUUAGAAUUCAGUUAUCGAAAAAGAAUGCGCAUCCUCAUAUGUGUAUUGAGGAUUGGUCUGUAUACCCUGAUGAAAAAGAAGUGCUACUGCUACCUUAUUUUCCUUUGGUUAUUAAAUCAAUUCAACUAAAACAAUCUAGUGGCGGAAAUUACACUGAAAUAAAAGUAAAACAAGAUAAAAAUCAUCCUUCUCUAGCUUUCAAUAAUGAAAUUCUUAUUAAUUACUGAAGAGGACGUAUAGAAAACGAAAUUUCAAUCCCAGUCAACAACUAUUGUCAAAGAAUCAGAGAAAAAGUUGCAAACUCUGUUGAUUUAUUAUUAUAUUUUAAAUCAGCUGGGUGGGAGCAUGAAGAUGUUCCUCAGUUUGAAAAAGAUUUGAGGAAUGUCAUCAAAAAUUGCUACAAUAAAAAUAAAGCCUGUAUAGAAGAAUCCAUGAAAAGCUCUGAAGAUAGUUCGUCGUUAUUUACUUAUUGGGGUGUCAUGAAAAGCGAUAUAGAAGAUUCUAUAAUUGACCACAUUACAGCUAAUAUAGAAAAAGUGUUUGAAUUUGAAUUUGAGAGAAUUAAGAAAAAUAUUGUCAAGAUAAUCAGCAACCAAGCAUUCACAUCCUUUUAUAUUCCACAUCAAACACUCAAAGAGGCGACUUCUUCUAUAUUUCAUUAUGCGGGAGGAGUCAGUUUUACAGCCCAGCCAAAAGCGCUGCUCGAAGAGUUCAAAAAGGGUGACUCUGGGGGAUAUUUAGAUACUUUUAUCAAUGCAAUUGUAAAGAUAAUGAAAUCAGCUGUAAUGAUUUAUGAAAACUCUAUUAAACUGACGACUGAAAAACUCCGAGGUGAGCUAAGAAGCCAAUUAGAAACUUUAGAAGGAGAAAUAAAGAGGUCAUUAGAAUCGGUACUUCUUUAG